AUGCCCGCACUGCCCACUGACACUGCCGACGUUCCACAAUAUGUCUGCUAUCAGAAUGCAGAAAUUCUGAAAGCUCUAGCUUUUUUCAUGGGAUCCAACUUUUUGGCUCAUACAGCCUCAGUACCAUCAUCUGGGGAGCUUGGACGAUACACCAAGCGCGCAGCCGCUCGAAAGUCGCUUCCGUAUGCCGCGAUUAUAUCAUUAUUUUUGCCGUUCGGUGGACUAGCCAGAGCCGUCCUCUUGGUCGCACAGCAGCUAAAAUGGAAGUCAAGCGAACUUCAUGCAGCAUUAGCUCAUGGUUGUAUCUUCAUUGUCGCGCGGACUGAGGAUUGGGAGCCCGCCUUGAACAGAACAGAAAUCGUGUACGUAAAACUCCCCUACAAUUACGAAAAAUUGGGGCAUGCUUCGAAAAGUACACACUCACGGCUUUAUGCUAAGUUCGAAAUUCAAGGCGAGAAAGAAGACGUUUCUCAUUGGUCAAUACAGCAGCAAGACUAUCUCCUUCAUGGAGAGCAGCGCUUGCCAGCCGGGUAUACGCUGGCCAUUCCUGCGGAUAAAUCGAUCACAGGGCGCAUUAUUGGCACUACCAUUUCUGAACCAGACAAAGUGAAAAUCCACCAUCCACCGAAUCUUCUUAGGGUAGCUGCUGCCAUAGUCCAAAUCGUCUCCGCCAUCGUCACUAUCGCAACUUCCACCACAGAUCAACUCACGAAUUGGGGAUAUUCGUCAUAUAUGCUGUCUGUUAUACCAUACGCAUUGAUGUCAGCUAUGAAUCUCGCUUGUACAGGAGUCGUUGGGGACUAUUCCUCCGGGUAUGUCCUUCGAACACACAUCAUGGAGGAAGCUAGGCGACGACCCAGUGCCCUAUUCGAUGGCACAGUUGGCACCCUGAAAGAUAGGAGCGACUUGAUUGGCUCGCGGGGUGCGUCUGGAUAUACCGCUGUCAAGCUGUGUCUGAAGGAACGCACGUUUGACCGAUCGGAGCAAAUCGCAAAAGUCCUCGUUGUAGAAACGGAAUAUGGCGUCAAGGAAUUCUUAUAUAACCCCGGCUCAACUGAUUGUGACGUUAGGUUUCGUAUCUCUGCCAUCUCCCAUGACGGUCCCGGGAAUUAUGGUCAUUCACCGAAGCCUCAACACAAGAUGGAUACGCUAGACUCGGAUGUUAUCUCUGAAAGCGAGACGCUAGUCAACGAGGACGAGUCUCCGUUCAGCGAGAACCCACCCUACAAGGACAUCUUCCGACACAGCGCAUUCAAAGAGGUUUCCUGGUUCGAAAUUUUGUAUAUCAGCAUCUCAUUUAUCGUGGCGCUCCUGAUACCCUACGUCCUCAUCUACGUGUUCACGAAUUUCGAUAAAGGAGAGAAGAGCACCUUUGCACAGCGGGCAUGGAUGAUGACAUGGCUCGCUGCGGAUCAGGUAUCCGCGUUGGGCACGCUGAUCGCUUGGCUAGUAUGGACGAAGUGGGCGGGGGUAAUACCUACCUUCGUGCACUACUGUUUUAUCUCGGUCCUCACUAUUCCGGCGAUGGGUGGUUUUAUUGUGGUAGGACAAAUGUUCUUGGAAGACCGAGGAUUUGGUACCUGCCUGAACUCUUGA